AUGACUCUUGACCGUUACUUGGCUACAGUUCAUCCUAUCCGCUUCAACUAUGUCCGUACACCCUGUGUGGCUGCAGUGGUCAUUGGACUGGUCUGGGGCCUGUCUUUGCUUACUACGAUCCCAGUUUGGAUGUAUUCAGGUCUGAUGCCUCUCCCAGACGGACUUGUUGCCUGUGCUCUCCUUCUGCCUGAUCCAGUCACUAAUACAUACUGGUUUACCCUUUACCAAUUUUUCUUGGCUUUUGCUAUACCCUUGGCUAUUAUCUGCCUGGUGUUCUUCAAGAUCCUCAAACACAUGUCCACCAGUGUGGCACCGCUGCCUCCACGGAGUAUUAGGGUGCGCACUAGGAAAGUGACCCGGAUGGCAGUAGCCAUCUGCCUGGCUUUCUUCAUCUGCUGGGCUCCUUACUAUAUUCUGCAGCUUGUCCACCUUGGGGUGCAAAAGCCAAGCCAGGCUUUCUCAUAUGCUUACAAUAUUGCAAUUAGCAUGGGCUAUGCAAACAGCUGCAUCAAUCCCUUCCUCUACAUUGUCCUCAGCGAAACCUUCAAGAGACAGUUUGUCAGGACUGUGCGCCCAAUUAAUAGAAAGUUCCGUGUGAAUCCAAGCACCACAGACGGUGGCAGUUUGAGCGUGAGGAUGAUACCUGAAGGGGCUCAGCAGGAGCCAGUCUAUGGGGAGAUUCUGCCCUCCAAUGUGGCCUCACAGUAA